AAUGAAGAGACGGAUCUUAAAAAUGAAGAUUAUGAUAAACUUAUUCAAUUUGGUUCCAAUUAUGACUUCCGUUUAAUUGAAAUAAAAGAGAUUAAUCGUAUUUAUUUGAACGCGAAACAAUAUAUAUUUGAUUAUUUUAAAGAAGUGUCAACUAAAAUUUGUGUCUGGGAUAUCGAAGGUUAUGACCUUGUAGGACUCUUAGACGCAGAUAUGUGCAUCAUACGUAACAUGGAUGAACUUUUAGAGUUAGAUCUGAGACCAAUUUAUCCGGAAUCUACUAAUAUACCACCAAUCACUAAUUCUGAAAGUUAUUUUAAUUCUGGAUUGAUAAUUUUACGUCCUUCUAAGUCGAAAUUUAAUGAAAUCUAUAACCGUCUUAUAACUCAUGAAAACCCCGAUCAAUUAUUAUUUCCAGAACAAGAUCUACUUAACGAAAUAUAUAAAGGCAAUUGGGUAGGGCUUCCUUAUAUUUAUAAUGCGUUAAAGACAUUGCGUGAUUGCCAUUCGUUGAUGUGGUCGGACAAAGAUGUUAAGAAUGUUCAUUACAUAACCAAAUACAAACCAUGGAAAGAAGAUAUUAAAAUGAGAGCACAGAAACUUGAUAGAAGAGAAAGUAUUUCGAUUUUAAACAAUUGGUGGUGGAAGGUCUAUAGAGAUGAAGAGUGGGAUGAUGAAGAUUUUGAAGGAUAA